AACAGAAAAGAAAAAAUAAUACAUCCUUGGAAGAUCCUGAGAUGGCGCCAUCGGAGACAGUAGGCCGUGACGGCCUGAUAGUGUCGGAAGGAGAGGAAAUCAGAAGCGAGGUUGAGGCCAAGGACGACGAUGCUCUCCUGCAAACCAUGGGCUACAAGCCAGUUCUUCAUCGGACCUAUAAUUUGUUCGAAAACUUCUCGACCACCUUCGCUGCGUUGUACUUUGUCGGUGGUGUGCGAGUCACUUACAGUACCGGGAUUGCCGCGGGAGGGAACUUGGCCUACUGGACGAGCUACCUGGUCACCAUGGUGUUCAGUUUCAUGACCGCUGCAGUCAUUGCAGAGGUGUGCUCGGCCUCGCCCUCGGCAGGAUCCAUCUACUUAUGGGCUGCCGAAGCAGGAGGGCCCCGGUUUGGACGGCUGCUGGGCUUUGUCGUGGCGUGGUGGAGUACUACUGCCUGGACGACGUUCUGUGCCAGCAACACACAGGCUGCUGCGAACUAUAUGCUUUCGGAAAUCACUGUCUUCAAUCUUGAUUUCCCCACCGACACAGACAAUAUCAAAUUCCGGGCCGUACAAUGGAUCUGCACCGAAGUUCUCCUGGCUCUUGCUGCGCUGUUGAACUAUUUGCCCCCCAAGUAUUUCCGCUACGUGUUCUGGUUCUCGUCAAUGAUUGUGAUGCUGGACUUCUUCCUCAACCUCAUCUGGCUCCCCAUCGGUGCGGCAAACACCUGGGGGUUCCGUUCUACGCAUGAGGCCUUCAUGACGACCUACAACGGUACCGGAGCGCCUCCUGCCUGGAAUUGGUGUCUUUCGUACCUGGCCACGGCCGGAAUCCUCAUCGGUUUCGAUGCCUCGGGCCAUGUCGCCGAGGAGACUAAGAACGCCUCUAUCACCGCUGCCCGGGGCAUUUUCUGGAGCACGGUGGCCAGUGGAGUUGGCGGCCUGGCUACUAUCAUCCUCUUCCUAUUCUGUGCACCUGAACCGGCUACUCUCUUCGCUUUUGGCUCCCCACAGCCCUUUGUGCCUCUGUACGCCGUUGUGCUAGGCAAAGGAGGCCAUAUCUUCAUGAAUAUAAUCUGUAUCGUUGCCCUGUGGCUGAACACCGCCAUCGCCAUCAUUGCGGCGUCGCGCCUGGUCUUUGCCGUCGCCCGCGACGGCGUCCUCCCUUUUUCCGGCUGGGUAGCCCAGGUCAAGAACGGCCAGCCACGCAACGCCGUGAACGUCGUCUGGAUCGUGGCCGCCCUCGUCAGCUGCACCAUCCUACCCUCCAACGUGGCCUUCACCUCGCUCAUCUCCGCUGCGGGAGUCCCCAGCGCGGCCGCCUAUGGCCUCAUCUGUCUAGGCCGCUUGCUCUGCACCCGCGACCGGUUCCCCACCCCGCAAUGGAGCCUGGGCCGCUGGAGCAAGCCGUUCCAGUUCAUCUGUGUCUUCUGGAACGGGUGGGUUGUCGCCGUACUCUUCUCUCCCUAUGAAUUUCCCGUCACCGGCGGGAACCUCAACUAUGCCCCCGUCAUUAUGGCCGCUGUAACCGUCAUCGCCCUAGCCUCAUACUGGUUCAUGCCCGAAGAGGCCUGGCUGCCGCGCUCGCGCAUCUCACACUUUAUUGAAAGCAAGGGUGCCGUCGUGACCGAGACGAUCGAGGAGACCUCGACUGCCGGACAAGAAGAGUAGUCGUAGCCUUUUGGAUGAAGGUACAAGACAAGGUGCCCAUGUGCAUAUAUAAACUGAUUCAACGUCAACAUGAAUGAAUGGCUGGACUGUAUACUGUUACUACAGUGAAAAAUUGGUGUACUGGUAGAUUAGAUUGGAUUAGAUGCUGGAUAAUAGACACUUGGACUUUGGAC